AUGGAGAAAGAGGAUGAUAGGUAUUUUAUCUUGAAUAUUGUGAUAACGGAGAUAUUUUUGCGCCUCCGUGAAUGGAUCUGCCCAUCUGCAAAUGUGUUUGCGAAAUUUCUGGAGUUCAUAGAAAAUGCACUGCUCGGCAAGAUUUGUAGUAGCACGAGGUCUGGUAAAGCAACAUGGGAAAAGCAUGUACCUUCAUUGCUUCCUUUCAUUCCAAAACUUGUCUCAGAAGUGACAACUGAUUGGCAGUCACACCUUCUUGAGGCAUUUACAAAGACAUUCAGGGAUUGCAAUCCGGAGUUUUCACUUAAAUUGGCUUGCCUGUCCAUGAUUGAAGAAAUGCUAAUUCCUAGAGGAGAUAUGCACUACAUGGAAGCAAGUAAUCCUGUGGCAUUAGACUAUCAGACUAUUUGGAUAAGAGAGCUGCCCUUGUUGCUAAUCCUUCUUGGUGAUAAAUGGCCAUCCUCUUCCCAGGUGGUGUUGCACCUUCUACUUCGCCUGGGACAAUUUGGAUGUUGGAACUCUUCCCUCAUUUGGGAAUAUGAAAAUACUCAAUUUGCACUCUGUGAGUUUUACAGCACAUGUCGAGAAGGAAACAUAUACUAUGGUCCUUUCAUGAGACUUCCUAGGGAUUCUCAAGAGCUGUCUAUCUGUUGCCUUUAUUAUUUCUCCAACUUUAGUACACUUUUGCUGAAAUCAAUAGCUGCCUGCUGCCUGUGUCCUGAAUUGGAGCCCUAUGUAUUGUUCCGCAUUGUAGAGGUUGUGCAUGCUGCCUAUAAAGCUGGACACAUCCAAUUUGCUGACCACAUCAGCUUCUUCAUUACUUUACUAUCUCGUUUCAAAGUUUACCCUGAGAGGUUGGCUUAUUCUAUUCUUUUGGUUGCUCCUAAUCCUUCCCUUUCUGUGAGUGGGGAAGAAGAAAACAUAUGCCCUGUUAGAGAGAGUGGUGUGCAGAUUUCAAAUCGUGGAUCUUUUAAGUCUCUCACCUGCAUGGUUUGCUCAUGCCUUUCACAGAUGGGUGAUAGUUCUGUUGUUUUCCGGAUACUGGAGAAAGCAAUACUUGACCUGAUAUCAUUGAAGCCACAGCUUGACAAUGCAUGUGCAAUGUUGAGAGUGCUCAUCAUGCUGGACUCUAAACCCACUAGACUUUCUGAACAGAGUAUAAUUGCUCUAAGCAAUUUCCUUCCUGGAUAUCUAAUGGAUGUUGUACAUUGUAUUCCAGAAGUUGAUGGCAAUGAAGCCACAGUCUCUAAUCAUGUGCAGACAUGCCGUUAUUACCUUCUACCAUGCUUUUUCUUGUUUGAUAGGAGUAACCAGCUUGUGAAGCUUUUCUUGAAUGUUAUGGGCUCAUCCUUAACUGACAGUAGUUUGUCGUUUGAAUCCCAUAAUUCUACCCAAUAUGCCACUGACAGUUUAAGUCAGAUGAAUAUAACUGUUUCCCUUCUUCUCUUAAUUUAUAAGGAUGUUAAAGUUCAGAAAAUUAUGUCUCUAUUUAAAACAGAGAUUGGCUCUAUUAUGCAAAGCAUAGCUUCUUUACAGUCUUCAGAAGUGAACAUGACCAUUGAAGAAAGGCACAAAUUUCAGUGUUCAUUUGAACGGUUAAAGGUUGUCGCCAGUACAUCACCACAAAAACACGUUUUCUGCUUUGAGGAUGCAGGGGAUCUGAGUAAUGAUGACUCAAAAUGA